AUGGGGAAAGUCUCUGUGCAAAUAUCGCCGAAAGGGCGCCCGGGAAACCCGCCGAGGCCCAGAGCUCCUAUCUGUGCGUAG